GAACAUUGGGCUUAAACUAUGAUGUCAAGCAAAAGUACGCCUUUUCACUUAAGCGCUUCACGGUCUGGAGCGGGUUUUCACGGUCAGAUGACCGUGAAAUGAUGAACACCCACGAAGCGUGCAAAACCCUCCUGGAAUCCAUGCGCUUCACGGUCUGCUCCCUUCUUUACGGUCUGGUGACUGUGAUCUGUUGGCCUCCACCCUGAACUGAUGUUGUUUGCUCCCUUUAGACCGGUUUUUGCCCCCUUUUUGUCAAACUUUCGUUCCAUGGGUUGAUUUCACCUAUUAGGAUCUGCAGCAUACUAAAAACAACCACAACCUAGCGUAAAACCGAACCGUAUAGAGUAAAAGUGACUCAAACAUCUAACGAAAACUGGGGUAAAAGGUGUACAAUUAGACCCGAAUCACUCCCCCACACUUUGACAGUUGCUUGUCCCCAAGAAAACCAAUUCCAAACAAGGUAAUAUCUCAACCUAACAAGAUAACUUGGGGACAUAUCGAAGGGCUCAAAGCGGGUGAAUCUCAAUGGCUAUUAGGCAUCAACACAUGAACCGUUACAAGCAAUACCACUAUCCACCACAAACGACAUUCGAAAUGCAUUAAGAACGUGCAAAUGAAAAGUUCUCACCUUGUUCACAAAUCAGUACAAGUCUCCACACGACUACUCACCAACAACAACUAACCAUGCACAGAGUUCAAGUCCAAGGAACAAACGAAUGGGCAACAUAGAUCCUCACUGGGAUAAGAUAUGAACAUGAAAAAUGUGACUGAAUCACUCACUAUCGACCAAUGGGGUCAGGACCAUUUGGUGUAAAAGAUGUGGACAUUCAUCAACACUCGGUCCUAUCGUCUCUUCACCAUGACGGCAACCUCUAAAUGCUAGAGUUCACAAGAUUGUUGUCAUCACUAGGUUGUCUGGAGGUUUUAGACACGGGUUCAAAUGACUGGCAAGGGUCUUGGACAUGGGGAAAAGGCCUUGGUGGCAAGCAAAGCAUGAGGUUUUACAUCUUUAACUAAACCCAAGGUUCUAUGGUUUUGACUAGAACCUUUCCUACAACCAACGACCACUAGCAUCGGCCACAAAAACCACACUUCCCUUCUUCCUAACCAUCACCACCACGAACUACAUUCAAGCACACUUCCUCGACUAAUCCUGCUAUCCAAAUUUCAAUCAUAGUAAUAAAGGAGGUCAACAAUCAAUUAGGUGUUUCAAUGACUUGAGUGCCAAGAAACCAUUUCUAGAGCAAAAACAUCAUCAUUUAUUGGAACUCUCUAACUUGUAUUUACCCCAUUUAUUACCUCUUUUUUGAUUUUUUUCCUACUUUCCUUUUCUUUUUCUUUUCUCGUUUUCGAGGGGGGUACUGGAGAACUAAACACAUGCCACUACAACACUUAAUGAACAAUGCUCUCUAUUAAGAACUUCCUCCAACACUACCUUUUCAUUCCUAGCGGGAACCGUGCAAAAUCCACCUAUGUAGAACCUCAUUGGAGCUCAAAAGCGAGAGCUCUAUGACACAAGGAUGGCUCACAAUGAUUUAUACAUGAAGAAAGGAAAGGGUCUUUCUAUCAAUCACCAUUAAGCUAAAAAAUCACAAGCUCUUUAAGUUGAGAACGACCCAAAGUCACACAAAGGGGUUGACUAGGAGAUAAGAUGUUUCGGGACAAUCAACUUUUGGACGUGGACUAAUCCUAUGCCUCCAACAUACUUUUGGAAUUCAUAUAAGGUGAUACAUACACCCCCCCCCCCUUGGGACUCAAUGUCCUCGUUGAGGUUUUUCCCACCAUCAUUCAAGAGAGACGCGAAGAGGCUCUGAUACCACUUGUAACAUCCCAAACCUUUUCGCGAUGAAGAUAUUGUCCGCUUUGAGCCUCAACCCUCACGGUUUUUUACUUGGCGCACAAUUCAAGGUGACUUCCCAUAAGGUCACCAAUCCUUGUUGUACUCUACACUGAGCAUGUUUAACUUCGGAGUUCUCACAAGAACUGAGAACUCCUCAAUCUCACCCAAAAACGCGUCGUGUCAGUUAAGGCCAGUUUCUUACUUAUGAACAAUGGAUCUCUCUCAUCCUUUGUCGAUGUGGUAUUCGCCUAAGGUGUUACAUAAGGUCACCCAUCCUUGUUGUACUCUACACUAAGCAUGUUUAAAUCAUCUUGGUAGGCUUUAACAUAACUCGUUCAUGCCUUUUGUCUCGACCGAUUCGUACACAUUGGCUUAAUCUCUUGGUCAGGGUUCUUAGUGGCUUAACUAAAUGUGCAUGAUUUAUCCUUAACUAGUCGCUUCCUUUGGAUGACAUCCUACUAUGCCGCACCCAUUUAGAGUGGGGGACCUUGGAUAAGGUAACUUAGUGCUUUCCUCUUCCUCGGUAAUGCUUUUCCUCAUUGUACUUCUUUAUGCAGCUUCUCAAACUCGAGUCACCUAUGGAUAUUCGCACUCCUUUAUCAAAAUUUACAUGUUCUUCCUCGAAUUCAUAUAAUCUACUACAUUGCUAGUACCACUUCCCUGUUAAGGACAUAGAGAUAGAUGGCUCCUUAAAGUCCACCACUACUUAUAGUUUCCUUACCAACCACUAAAUUAUUUAGCGAUACAUUCUCACAAAGGAGCUUGCAACUCCCACUUUAGACUUGCCCAAUGGAUUCCUUGAAAUCUCGCCAAACUCCCCCUCACCUUCUUGCUCUCUCCUGGUAUCGUACCCCAAUCCUUCUUAUCACGACCAUUAAAUAUCUUCCUCGAAUUCUCUGCCAUUUGUGAGAACUUCCAUUGAACGUGCUACUCGCUUGUCCAUACCCAGUUGGCUAAAGAUCUACAUAAUGAUAUUCAUUUUUUAUGUUUUGUCAAACAUAAGACCCCAUACCAACAUCAUAUCAGUGAUAAUAUUAUUAUAUGAUCCUGAUAUGAUGCCGUCAAAUUAUUUUGUCAAACAUAAAACCUUAUACCAACAUCAUAUCACUGUCGUAUCAACAUCAUACCACUAAGAUAUCAUAAUUCAAUCACGGUCAGUGUUAAUAACGUGAUAUGACAGUGGUAAAAUGAUGUAAAAUAAUUUCCUCCAAAAAUAUCAAAAUAGAUAUUAUCUUGUAGAGCACUAAAUUUAUGAUUUUUUGUGCAAAUUUUUUUUGAAAUCCAAUGUAAAGGAAUGAGCUAUGAUCCAUUGAAUUUUUGUUAGUGAAGUUAAAAGUGCUUUAAAGGACCCCUGGCGAUCCGCACCAACAUAAGAAAAGAGAAAGGGAACACAAAAGAUACACUGCACCUAACCGCAGAAGGAAAAUGCAGGUUUUAAAUUCAAAUGUCACAAAUAUACUCCUUCAUGUUAAGGACCAUUAGAUCACUCUUCCCACCAAUUUGAGUCAUAGGUAUGAGUCUUGUAGUGCUACAAAACCCAUGAGUUUUGUAUCAGAACCUCUACCAUAAUUUUUUUUUUACUUUUUUUCCUUUCGAAUCGAUAUCAGUUUGUUUUGCAGUAAGAAAAUAUGAUGAAUAUUUGAUACUUAAAAAAAACUCUUUGUUAUCUGAAGUAGUGAAAGCGAGGUGCGAGCGAUUGCCUGACCCGCAACCCACCCAAAUGGGUGUAGAUAAUAAAUUUUCUAGUCACGUUCCACACCAAUCACCUACUCACUACGGUUUUAGUUAUUUACCAGCGGAUCAAUAUUAAAUUGCAGGUUACCCAUGUCCACCUUAAUUAUUGGGUGUAAUUCUGCGAGGAACCAAUUGACAACUAUUAAAUGUUCACCCGCAACUACUAGUUCAAAAUUUUUAGGUCUAAGUCAAGUUCUCUCCCUUCUCUCUUCUCCUUUCUCCAAACCACGUCUGCGGUUAAGCUUCCUCAGACCAUUAUCGCCGUCGUGCGACUCUGAUUUCGCUCUUCCUGGCGACGUGCCUCCGCAUUCCAAGCGGUUGGCUUUCUUAAUGGAGACGAUCGACCCCCUUAUAAGGAGUCGAUUGAGAAAAUUUGGGGUUCAUCUCCUUCCUGUUGCAUCUUUUCCCCCUUUUUAUUUUCCUCUAUUUCCUUUGAUUGCAAUGGCUGCCGAGAUUGUUGUUGUGUUCAAUGAUGAAAUAAUUGCUAUGGAGGAAGAACGAGCAUAUCUAAUUCUCCGAGGGAAGAUCCAUGGACCAGGCCUACCCCCUGGCAGCCUCCAACAGUUCUUGGGCGAAUUUUGAAGAUGCAAUGGCCUGGUGAUGGUUCUGGCGGCUAACGAGGAAUCAAACCAAUUCAUCUUCUAAGAUCCAAGUGACCAUAAGAGAUUGUUGGACUCCACCCCAUCAAUCAUGCCAGGAUUUCUCAUUCACUUCUGUGCCUAGUGCUCGCCGACCAAAGAGGUGCUGUCGAGAUGGAUCGUGUAAUCCUCUCGGUCCAAUUCUCGAAAGUCCCAACAGAAGGAGACACUGUUCUGAUCGAUGUCUGGGUGUGGCUAUGGGUGAUCUCAAGGAAGUUGUUGUUCGUGUUGGGAGUAUCACUGGCGGAGUCUACUUGCUCGCUAAAGUGGGAUUGGAUGUCAAACUCCCUCUCCCCCAAUCUGUACAUGCUGCUCAUGAGUAUUCCAUUAAGGGUUCCUUCAAGGUUGUUGUUUUAUAUGAAAAACUGCCCCUGUUCUAUUUUUGUUGUGGUGUGUAGGACAUACUAGCUCUCACUUUCCUUCAAGGUUGUUGUUUUAUAUGAAAAACUGCCCCUGUUCUAUUUUUGUUGUGGUGUGUAGGACAUACUAGCUCUCACUUUCCUUCAUAUGGGAAGCAUAUCUUGGCCUAUGACAAAGGACCAAAGGUGAAUGAAUUCACCAUACGAAGGAGGAUGACUCAUUUUUCUUGGAACUGCCAAUCGGCCAGGCAAAAUCUUGUGAGGUUGGGGCAUGCUAGUGUUGAACGCCAAAGGAAGAGUCUCCCAUUCUCGGCUGAUCAGAGCACCUCAUGGAUCCAUAUAUUGUCCCUAUAUCCAUCACAUGAGGUUGGGCUUCCUCUCUGGGAGGCCUGUAACAUCCCGAACAUUUUCCCGACGAAGAUAUUGUUCGCUUUGAGCCUCGACCCUCACGGUUUUUGACUUGAGGUGCAAUUCAAGCUGACUUCCCAUAAGUUUUGAUGAAGAUAUUUUCCGCUUUGAGCCUCGAUCCUCAUGGUUUUUGAAUUGGGGUUAAAUUCAUAGUGAUUUCCCAUAAGGUCACCCAUCCUUGUUGUACUCCACACUGAGUACGUUAAACAUUGGAGUUCUUGUUGGAAGAAGCUUGAUUAAUGGCACCGAGAAAUUAUGGAAAGAAGAAUAAGCAGCAAGAAUAAAAAAGGGGAAGUCUUGCUAUAAAGAUCAGAUGCAGCAAUCAAGAGAUUUGAUCACUCAAAUCAUAGCAUCAAUGGUCAACAAGCAAUAGUGUAUAAAGGGUAGAAUAGUGGGGUGAACAAUCAUCUUUUUCGAAAUCAUUCAAUCAGGUUACAGAGAGUACUUGUCAUAGAAUAGAAAAAGAGAGAGUUGUCAGGGAGAUAGCUUGAGAGUCAGUAGUGAUAUCAAAGUCAAAGUUUUGUAGGGAGUAGACCUUUGAAAGGGAUUCUGAUCUGUGACAGGGAGUCACCAAGAGAUUGGUUGUUGUAUUAUGCAACUCGGAUACAAAUCAUCAUAGUGGAUCGCCAAAGGGUUCAAGCAGAACUCCUUUGGCCGUGGACUAGUCGGUAUUGCACAUUGCAUACCGGAAACCACAUAAAAAUCUGGUGUUAUCAUUUUUGUUCUUCAGUUUCUGUUUGCUCAAGUUGUGGUGCUCUGUUUUGGUAUUGUGUGCAGGGUUCUGGAAUUGAAAGCCGAUCUAAGGAGGAAGAAGGAGAAGUUCGGAAUACUAAACUCCCCGUUUCAAAGUUAAACGCCGAGUAUUGUUAUAUUCUACCACCGGGCCACUUUCUUCAAACAUGUCACUUUUAAUUUUUAUGUGGCAAGCAAUUUUGGGCUGAAAGUAAGUAAAUCCCAUUAGACUAAUUAGAAGUCAAACAAGAAACCUAGGCGUGGUAACAUCUUCUUUCGAUCAAAAACUGCUCCUUAUGUCUUUCAUUCUAUUUUAUUCUUCGAAACAAAAUUCAGAAACCCUAACCACAGAAAACCCAGAAAGAAAUUUGAGUGUUUGCAGGAAACACUACAAGAAUCUCGCGCUCGAUUCAACCAACAUGUGGUAGCAGAGCCCGGCUCCGACAAAGAAGGCUUAACAACCUUUGGUGAGAAUGAGUUCGAGCUCGAUGAAUGGAAAUGGAGUUUUCAUGGCUGACGGAUUCUCACAAACCCGACCACCAAGGUUUGAGGGAGUGCACUAUGGUUAUUGGAGAAACAUAAUGGAGCUCUUCAUAGGGUCCACGGAUUCUGAUCUGUGGAACAUUGUUCCUGAUGGUCCACUCAAAGUGAAGGAAGCCAGAGGAAAGUGGAUUGAGCAAGACAAGAAGAAAUUUCAAUUGAACUCGAAGGCAACAAACUUGAUGUACAGCGCUUUGGGGCUUGAGAAGUAUCAUCGGAUCACUAGAUGCAAGAUAGCUAAGGAGAUUUGGGACAAACUCCAAGUCGCACAUUAAGGUAUAUCACACGUAAGGAUUUCCAGAAUCAAAAAGCUUAAACAAGAGUUUUAGAUGUUUGUGAUGAAGUCAGAAGAGUCCAUAAAAGAAAUGAACGACAGGUUCAGUACCAUAGUUAACAGUCUGAGAAAUUUGGAAGUUGAGUAUGCAAGUGGUGAUCUGGUUCGUAAAAUCUUGUGGGCACUUCCUAAGAGGUGGAAUCCCAAGGUGACUGUAAUUGAAGAUUCUAAGGACCUAACCAAGUUGAGUCUGGAUGAACUUAUGGGAUCUCUGGUCACUCACGAAAAUAAACUAAGAAGAGAAGAAAGGGAAGAACCUAGAAAAGAGAAAAAGGGUAUAGCAUUCAGAGUUUCUGAACAAGAAGAAGAAUUGGACAGACUAGAAGAUAUGGAGGAUGAUGAACUAGCCAUGUUGAGUAAACAUGUGGCUAAACU